UUAAAAAAAAAAAAAAAUGAAUUUACAGUUUUCUACCUUUUAAUUUAUCCAUGUAGAAGCAACAUUCUUUUGGGAUCUUCAAAUUUCAUUUGGUGAUAACACAGGUACCAUCAAUGGCAGAGUUACAUGAUCCGGAGGGAGUAAAUUAUACGCCACAUACAAAGUAAAAAAUAAAACUACAUAUAUACAAAUUGUUAUAUUUCCUUAAAUAACGAACACCUUUGGCGCAUGCAACGGCAAAGGUGAUUCAAAAUUUGCUUUGGUACCAUCUGUGGCAAAUCUAGUUACAUGACACAAAGGGCGUCAUUCAAUCUUUCGUCAGAAAAUCAACCGCGCAAAUAAGGUCUGAAUCCCACUUGAAUAUUUUUUGGAUUUUUUUCCGAAUCUCCUUAUUAAAAUUCCUGAAACCGCUACAAGGUACCAUGCCCAUGAUGAGGCUAACCAUAGGUAUAUGUUUCAUGGUUUUGUUCAUGGCAACUCGUGUAUAUAGCUUUGUGGGCAUCACAUGGGGCAGGCAACAAUCACAACAAUUGGUUCCAUCAAUGGUUGUUGAUUUGCUAUUACAAAACAAGAUUCCAGCAUUGAGAUUAUUUACUUCAGCCUCUGAUAUCAUUCAAAUAUUUUCUGGCACUAACAUUAGCAUCUCUAUUUGCCUUGGAAAUAGAGUUGUGAACAAUCUAAACAGGAAGGACCUCGCCUAUACAUGGAUAAAUGAUAGAGUCAACGAACCUAUCAAAAAAGGUGUAAAACUAGUGGAACUAUCUAUUGGGGCUGAGCCAUUUUCGAAUACGUUCUUGAAACAAGCAACAAACUAUGAAGUGGUGAACGUGAUAGAAAUCUUUCGAGAGUGUCUCGAUGAGAUGGAUUUAGGGCAUGUCAUAACAACGACCGCCCAUGGCAUGGACGUAUUAAAGGUUACAAAAGUCCCAACUGAAUCCGACUUUCGUGACGACAUAAAAGGAUUGAUGCUUCAAUCGUUAAAUUUCUUCAAUCGAACGGGCACACCCUUUCUAUUGAACAUGUUCCCCAUCCAAAUGAUCCAGGAAGUACUGAAUUACCCCAUAGAAUUUGCGUUCUUUGAUAACAAGAGCAAGUUCAAGAUACAAGAUGGUAACUUUACGUACACAAACGUAGUAGAGCUAAUGAUCGAUUCAAUUGCAUGGGCAGUAAAGAAAGCGGGAUCUCCCAAUAUGAAAAUUAUGAUUGGUCAAAUUGGAUGGCCUACGGAUGGAUAUCCACAUGCCCAUAUUAAAAAUGCAGAGAGAUUUCACAAGGGGUUAUUGAAAUUUUUAGCAUCAAACAAAGGGACACCACUUAGGCCAGGGCCUAUAGACGCAUAUCUCCAUAGCUUGUCAGAUGAGAAUGAGUUUAAAACGAUGUUUGGUGCAUUUCAAAGGCACUGGGGCAUUUAUCAGGCAGAUGGGAAUCCAAAGUACAAGAUUGAUUUCUCAUUACAGGACCGUGACGAAUAUCCCACUCAAGCUAAGGGAAUUGUGACAAUGCCAAAUCGAUGGUGCACGUUCGUUGGGGACAAAAGUGACAUGGAUUUGGUGAAGAAGAAUUAUAAUUUUGCAUGUGAAGCAGCAGAUUGUACAACAAUGGAAGAAAGAUUUAGAAUUACAAAGCAAGCCUUGGAUAGAGCUUAUGCUAAUUUAGAAUUUGAUGAUUUGGAAAAUUUAGAAGUAGAAGAAGGCGAGGAAUUAGAUUUAAAUGAGACACCUACUAGUCCCAUUACCGAAGCUCCAACUCAGACUCCAUCUCAGUCUGGAGCUAGUUGUCCCCCUAUACCUCCUACUCGGGAUGCUCGAUUAGCAGCCGAACUUAAAAACACACUGACCGGCGCUAGUAGUGCCGCUCCCGGUGGAUCCGUUGUGGGAUCUAAUAUGGUCCAACAAACUUUAAAUCCUUCUAACCCCGCUAUCACUCAAAUGGCUUAUAAUAAAGAUGGAGAUCGUGAAGAACUAGCUAAAAUGGUUGCGGUUUGUGGCUUGCCUUUUAGUUUUCCUUCUAACCUCGGUUUUGUGCAUUAUAUUAGAGCUAUGUAUAACCCUAAUUUUCAAGGCAUUCCUAGAUCCACUGUUAGAGCCGACAUUUUUAAAUUUCAAAGUGAUUAUUGUCAAUAUAUGCGUCGUGUGUUCCAUCACCUAGAUACUAGAGUGUCAACACAUACUUCUGAUAUAGGUCGUUGUGUUAAUGGCAAUGAUUAUUUAUAUGUUACGGCACAUUGGAUUGAUCAUAAUUGGAAUAUGCAAAAGCGUAUACUUGGUUAUAAAUAUAUUGAUAAGAAAAAAAAAGGUUCUUAUAUUUCUACAAAUGUUCUAGACAUUUUGCAAUUAUAUGGUCUUGUUGACAAAGUAUUAACUGUUACAUUUGAUAAUGCUUCUUCCAUGACUAAGAGUGCUGAACUUAUGGCUAUAAGAAUUUUCCCAAUUAACCUUGAUAUUUUUCAUGUCCGAUGUGCAUGCCAUGUUUUUAAUUUAGUUGUAAAAGAUGGUCUUGAUUUAUUUGAGGGUUCUCUACAAAAAAUACGAUAUGCUUGUCAAUAUGUUUUUAGCGCUUAUAAGCAAAAGUAG